UCGGCGAUAUACAGCAAAAUCCGAUUCGAGAAUUUUCUCAUCGAGUUUAAACGAUGAGAUCCUCUCGCGGCUAAUAUCGUGCCUCCAAAUUCGCAAUUAAGCAAAACCAAUUAUAACAGUGAAAAAUAUGUGAGAGAUCUCGAGACACGUUGAAUCGACAAAUGUCUAAUUUCUCCUACGGGAGAUUUGACUGGAGGAAAAUUUUAGUCUAGAGGAAUUCCAGAGAAUCGUCCGAGACGAAUCCUCGUCGUCGUCGUUAUCGUUGAAGACUCUUGUAAAUCCGUCGAUCUCUGACAAAACUCGUACGACUUAGACUCGUAGUGUAAGCACGGCAAGGCCAAAGGAGAUCAAAGAAUGUUGCCCGAUAAAAAGGACCGUCCACCGAAAACCAGAUUCAAUUCUCGAGAUAGAUCGAAAGAGACGCGCGCGACCUGCGUACCGCGACUCAAGAGCUUCCCCGCCGAGAAGAUCAAGAAACUGGAUGAUUCGCCGACGUUCUCGCCCGAGCCAAUUGGCGUGGCAAUGGUGCAACGAGAUCCCCGGGUAGUCUUCCUGGCGAGCUCGUCUGUCGGGAUUAACUGCGAUCGUGGCGACGCAACGUCCUCUGAAUUGUCGCAUCAGCAAUUCAAACUGCCGCGUGCGUCAGCCACGAAUCAGCAACAGGUUGCUCCGAACCAUCAGCAAACCGAUCAAACGAGUCCACAAUCCGACAGCUUGCAAACCCGACGAACCGGGUCUUCCGAAAGACAAGCGCGUCGUCCUCUCGCACCGAAUGCGUACCAAGAGGUAGUCGUGCACGAUCGAUCACCUCGAAAUCCGUCGACGGUCAACCAGCAGAUGAUCGUUCAACAUCCACCGACACGAGGCACGAAGCGAGCUUUCGAACCAUCCGCGUCUGUCGAGCGAGAUUGCGACGAGGCUGUCGUUCUCGAAUGCGAAGAGCAGCCGGUCGGUGGCCGGAACGCGGCCAGUUACAGACAAGCGAUCAUGCAGAUGCAGCGACAGCAGCAAGACGCGAAUAACUAUCAAGGUGUUCACUUGCAAGAUGCCAAUGAAGCCUCAUCGCGCCAUCCGUUUCCAGAGAGUCGUCAGCCGAUCUGUCAGCAGCCUCAGCACGACGUGUAUCAUCAGCAAAUGUCGCAGGCGCUCGAUCACGCUCAAUCAUCGAUCUCUAAACAGCAACAGCGCAAUAGCUCCAGGACACACUGCAGUUACCAGAAUUGGCGAUUGUCCGCGGCGCAAUUAGUUUCUGCACAGGGGAUGACUUCGCCGCAGGACAUGACGAUAAGUCAGAUGAGGCUGACGCGGCACAAUCUGCCAGUCCAUCAGCAGAAUCUCGGCUGCCCCGUUAGUCAAAGCGCGUGGCCGCUGGAUGGACGAUGGACGGAUCAUAAUCAGCAGCAUUCGUGUCAACAACAACAACAACAACAAGUGCCUUCACCACACUGGGGCUGUUGUUACCAGGAUAUGCCGGAUAACAGUUUCAGCCGACAGAGCCCGGUGGAGCAAGAUCAGCGUGUACCGUUGCGGAAUCAAAUGAGCUGCGAGGCUGUCGCCGAUCAGCAAGCUAUCAAAGAGGCUCACGCCCGACAGAACGACAGCAAGAGGACGUUGCAGUUCACACCGGACAUGAUCCGCGAUCAGGAAUUGUUGGUCUCCACCAUGAGGCAGCAAGGCAUACCCCACGACGUGAUGCGCCGUCAAUUCGACGCGCUGCUGCACGAACAACGCAGACACUUGGCCUACGUCGCGCAGUUCCAACAGCAGACCGAUGCGUCGGAGAUAAAGCGAACGUGUCGGCUGGUGCAAAGGAGGACGAAGAAUGAUGAGAAGCCGGAAUGGAUGGUGCACAUCACGCCGCCGCGGAUCUCGUACAGCGACCUGGAAAGUAUAAAGUCUCAGCAGAGAACCCCAAACGAGCAGCACCCGACGAACGAUCAACCGUCGCAGGAAGUUGGCAGAACAGUGCCUGUUCAGCUGCAGCAACAGGAUUAUCGUUCGCAGCAGCCGACAGAGGAGACAAUCGCUCCGGCUGUUUCACCUCGGCGAGUGUACUUGCAGAUGAAUCCUCAUCAGUGGCAGCAGAAAGCGAUCGAUUGGUCGCGCAGAGGCGAUCAUCGAACGCCGUGUGGUUUCAUGGGCUGUUACCCUUACGGCCAUCAGCGAAGUGCACUGAACGGUUUCUACUGUCAACCAAGCAUCAACGGAUUCGACCAGUCUCAGCAAGGCUCCCACCAAUGUCUGUACGACGCGUCUUAUUACAGCGCAAAUCCAAUUUAUUCGUACCAAAUGCAUCCCGAACAUCAAAAGGCCUGGCUUGAUGAGCGCAAUGCGACUUCACCCAGUCAAACUGGCAAGCGGGGAGUUCCAACGAACGCCGAGCGGAGCGAGAAACCCACCGAGCCUUCCAGUCUGCUGAAGAUGCGCGUAUACAAGGAAGUGAUUCGCCCUCAGAAGCGCAACAACGGCCUGCAAGAUCCGGAAACCGUUCGAAGAGCGCUCGAAGCGCUAAAGGAUCCGACCAGUAAGAAGGGUUUCGAGUACUUGGCCAAUUUGGCGCGGAGGAAGCCCACGAUCAGGCUGAACGGCGCUCAAGAGGCCGACGAGAUCCCGGAAGACCUGCGCGCAGUCUCCUUGGAGAACACCUCGUGGGCUCCGAAGAGGGUCUCGGCGAACGGUUUGGAGAACAACAGGAACCCGAACAAUCCUUCGCUACGUGUCUCGCGGCCCAGAAGACUCGACGAGCCUGCGAUGAUAGAGUACCCGCGACAGAGACAGAGACUCAAGACCUGUUACGGCGCGACGGCUGAGAUGCUGGCCAACGGGCAGCAGCGAGAUCAUGCAGCUGUGGUCUCCCAUGUGCGGGACGCAGAAUCGAUUCCUUGCGAUCGAGCACGUACCGUCAAUAACGGCACGAUCACCCCCCCAUACGGAGGUGCUCCGGAUUAUCAGCAGAUGCAGCGGUGCUGUCACAGCGGACAGAGGCUGGCGAGCCACAAUGGCGGCCAAGGCGACGGUAUUGCGAGCACACAACGGCCCAAUGCACCGGACGCGACGGGAAUCGAUCGCGCCGGCGGCGAUGCACUCGGCGAGAACUCGAGCGCCGAGGGGACAACCAAGCGCCGGAGCGGCGAGCAAUCGAUGCCGGGGACGUGCUCUUAUGGCCGGCCGGAUAUCCGCGAGGCGAGGACCAUCGCCUGCGCCGCGGCGCACCUUCCCGCCAGGAAGCCCGAUUACGCGCCGAACAAUCUCGCCGUCUCGCCGGAUAAACUGCUCGCGAGCAAGCUCGUGCGACCGCCGAUGAUACUUUAG